CCACAAUGUGCCAUAUGUCACAUUUUAAAGCAAGUCUCGUAUUUUCUUAUAAGUUAAGAAGGUAGAUUUUUCUAAGUUUAUGUAUAAUACAUAGCGGGUUGGGCUGUUAUUUCAAAGGCCCGCCAAAGAGUGGGCUUAAACAGGCUGGCCCGUGCGGGCAAUGGGUUUUGGCUGGGCAGGCCACGGGCCAGCCUAUCAAUUAAAAAACGAUUUAAAUUUUAAUUUGUAAAAACCCAACGUCAAAAUUUCUCUAAACUCGAAAUCGCAUUGUUAACUCAGAAGUACAGAGAACCGCGAAUGCAAAAGACCCAUCUUCAAGUGACAACCCUAGCGGUGGCAACAGGCGCUAGCACGCGAGACGACGACGACAGAAAGAGAGGGAGACCUGGAGAGCGGCAAGGCAGCGGCACAGAGAGAGACUCGGCGAGCGGCGAGGCGGCUUCAUUCCGGCCAUACAUUCCGUCAAAUCUGAUGGCACGACACCCGUUCGUUUUUGUUCUGGUGGGGCUCUCGUGCUUUGCCGGAUUUCUUGAAGGGAGCCCUGGCGAUGCUGAUCCGAUGUACAAAAUACUGAUUAAGUGGGAUAUGUUGAAAAGCGAAGGGUUAGGGCUUGUCUUCAAGAAUGUGAGAAGACAGGAUGUGUUGGCAACAAAUGUUUUCAACACUGUAAUUUUUCAGCUGAUGGGACACCGGUUGAUGGGCCAUGGUAUCUGCAGGAGCCGCUUUAUGUACAGUGGAAACAAUGGGACUGCCGUAGUGACUGUCGUUAUCAUUGAACCAGUUUCAGUGGCUUUCUCGGCACUAAAUCUUGCUGUACAUUUUCAUGGAUGGGUAUCUUUUUUCAUCCUUGUAAACUACAAGCUUCCUCAUAAGCAAAAUAAGAAUACAUAUUAUGAGUACACUGGCCUGUGGCACAUAUAUGCAGUCUUUGCGAUGAAUGCGUGGAUCUGGAGUGCUGUUUUCCACAGUCGAGAUGUUGAUUUGACUGAGAGACUGGAUUACUCAUCUGCGGUGGCGUUACUGGGAUAUUCCCUCAUUCUUGCUGUAAUACGAGCUUUCAAUGUGAGACUUGAGGCUGCAAGGGUCAUGAUUGCUGCUCCAUUACUUGCUUUUACGGCAACCCAUAUUUUGUAUUUGAAUUUCUAUCAACUUGAUUAUGGUAAGCCUUCUGCAUAUUACCUUUUGCUUGCAUUGAGUUGUUGGUAAGAGAAUAGUAGUGUGGCCAUUUGUAGUCAAGUGUGGUCACUUAAAAGUAUCAUUUUUUUUUACUGUUGAGAAAUAAAUCAGAACCCAGUAAGAAGAAGCAAACAUGAAAAUGUAUUAUUACAUUUGUAUUCCGGAGGGUUAACUAAAAAUGUUACCCUUAAGGUUUCAUUUAAUUCCAAAAAUCUCAGUUAUUUUCCAAAAGUCACAAAUACUUCUUGAUCUUUUCCUCAACAGUUUCAAUACUGAUAGAGGAAUAUAUGUCUAAUAAAGACAGAUAUUUAACACUUUAAUGGUGUAUUUUUAAGUUUGAAAUAUACAAUAUGCUUAUCACAUUUAAAAAACAAAUACUACACUUCUUCCAGUUUUAUAUUCUAGAUUUUUUGUGAAAACAAAAUUAUAUAUUAAUUCUGCAGGAUGGAACAUGAUAGUAUGCGUGACAAUCGGCAUAUUCCAGAUUGCUCUUUGGGCAAUUUGGGCCGGUUUUACUCAUCACCCGUCCCUUUGGAAGUUGUGGGUGGUCGUGAUUGGAGGGGCCUUUGCCAUGCUCUUGGAGAUAUAUGAUUUCCCGCCAUAUUGGGGGCUUGUAGAUGCUCAUGCUCUUUGGCACGCUACCACAAUCCCUCUUACCUACUUGUGGUGGACUUUUGUUCGGGACGAUAGUGAGUUUCGGACCAACAUCCUCAUCAAGAAGCAAAAGUAGCCUAUGUUUAGCCUGUGCAUUUGUUUAAUCUAUCUAGAAUUUUGACCUCUCUCUUUCUCUCUAUCUUUGUUUUUCUCUUUUAAUU